UUCGCUCCGGCUCUGGCUCGCCUCGGGCCCGGCUCGGGCUCCGGCGGCUGCGCCCCCCGCGCCGGGCCCCCGGGGCAGCCUGCAGCGCACCAUGGCCCGCGCCCAGGCUCUCGUCCUGGCGCUCACCUUCCAGCUCUGCGCACCAGAGACCGAGACUCCUGCAGCCGGCUGCACCUUCGAGGAGGCGAGUGACCCAGCAGUGCCCUGUGAGUACAGCCAGGCCCAGUAUGACGACUUCCAGUGGGAGCAAGUGAGGAUCCACCCUGGCACCCGGGCUCCUGCGGACCUGCCCCAUGGCUCCUACUUGAUGGUCAAUGCUUCCCAGCAUGCUCCAGGCCAGCGGGCCCAUGUCAUCUUCCAGAGUCUGAGUGAGAAUGACACCCACUGUGUGCAGUUCAGCUACUUCCUGUACAGCCGGGAUGGGCACAGCCCGGGCACUUUGGGCAUCUAUGUGCGUGUCAAUGGGGGUCCCCUGGGCAGUGCUGUCUGGAAUAUGACUGGAUCCCACGGCCGCCAGUGGCACCAGGCUGAGCUGGCUGUCAGCACCUUCUGGCCCAAUGAAUAUCAGGUGCUGUUUGAGGCCCUCAUCUCCUCAGACCGCAGGGGCUACAUGGGCCUAGAUGACAUCCUGCUUCUCAGCUACCCCUGCGCAAAGGCCCCGCACUUCUCCCGCCUGGGUGACGUGGAGGUCAACGCGGGCCAGAACGCCUCGUUCCAGUGCAUGGCUGCUGGCAGAGCAGCGGAGGCCGAGCGCUUCCUUCUGCAGCGACAGAGCGGGGCACUGGUGCCCGCGGCCGGCGUGAGGCACAUCAGCCACCGGCGCUUCCUGGCCACCUUCCCGCUGGCCGCCGUGCGCCGCGCCGAGCAGGACCUGUACCGCUGCGUGUCCCAGGCCCCGCGUGGCGUGGGCGUCUCCAACUUCGCAGAGCUGAUCGUCAAAGAGCCCCCUACCCCCAUUGCGCCCCCGCAGCUGCUGCGCGCUGGUCCCACCUACCUCAUCAUCCAGCUCAACACCAACUCCAUCAUUGGCGACGGGCCGAUCGUGCGUAAGGAGAUUGAGUACCGCAUGGCGCGCGGCCCGUGGGCGGAGGUGCACGCGGUCAGCCUGCAGACCUACAAGCUGUGGCACCUCGACCCCGACACGGAGUACGAGAUCAGCGUCCUGCUCACGCGCCCCGGUGACGGCGGCACCGGCCGCCCCGGGCCGCCCCUCGUCAGCCGCACCAAGUGCGCAGAGCCCAUGAGGGCCCCCAAAGGCCUGGCUUUUGCUGAGAUCCAGGCCCGCCAGCUGACCCUGCAGUGGGAACCACUGGGCUACAACGUGACACGUUGCCACACCUACACUGUGUCCCUGUGCUAUCACUACACCCUGGGCAGCAGCCACAACCAGACCAUCCGGGAAUGUGUGAAGAUAGAGCAGGGUGUCAGCCGCUACACCAUCAAGAACCUACUGCCCUACCGGAAUGUCCACGUGCGGCUCGUCCUCACUAACCCCGAGGGGCGCAAGGAGGGCAAGGAGGUCACGUUCCAGACGGACGAGGAUGUGCCUGGUGGGAUUGCGGCUGAGUCCCUGACCUUCACUCCACUGGAGGACAUGAUCUUCCUCAAGUGGGAGGAGCCCCAGGAGCCCAAUGGCCUCAUCACUCAGUAUGAGAUCAGCUACCAGAGCAUCGAGUCAUCAGACCCGGCGGUGAAUGUGCCGGGCCCACGGCGUACCAUCUCCAAGCUCCGCAAUGAGACCUACCACGUCUUCUCCAACCUGCACCCGGGCACCACCUACCUGUUCUCCGUGCGGGCCCGCACGGGCAAAGGCUUUGGCCAGGCGGCGCUCACUGAGAUCACCACCAACAUCUCAGCUCCUAGCUUUGAUUAUGCCGACAUGCCGUCGCCGCUGGGCGAGUCUGAGAACACCAUCACCGUGCUGCUGAGGCCGGCGCAGGGCCGUGGGGCGCCCAUCAGUGUGUACCAGGUUAUCGUGGAGGAGGAGCGGCCACGGAGACUCCGGCGGGAGCCAGGCGGCCAGGACUGCUUCCCAGUGCCUCUGACCUUCGAUGCGGCGCUGGCCCGAGGCCUGGUGCACUACUUCGGGGCCGAACUGGCGGCCAGCAGUCUGCCUGAGGCCAUGCCCUUCACCGUGGGUGACAACCAUACCUAUCGUGGCUUCUGGAACCCACCGCUUGAGCCCAGGAAGGCCUACCUCAUCUACUUCCAGGCAACAAGCCACCUGAAGGGGGAGACCCGGCUGAAUUGCAUCCGCAUUGCCAGGAAGGCUGCCUGCAAGGAAAGCAAACAGCCCCUGGAGGUGUCCCAGAAGUCGGAGGAGAUGGGGCUCAUCCUGGGCAUCUGUGCAGGGGGACUUGCUGUCCUCAUCCUCCUCCUGGGGGCCAUUAUCAUUAUCAUCCGAAAGGGGAAGCCAGUGAACAUGACCAAGGCCACGGUCAACUACCGCCAGGAGAAGACCCACAUGAUGAGUGCCGUGGACCGGAGCUUCACAGACCAGAGCACCUUGCAGGAGGAUGAGCGGCUGGGCCUCUCCUUCAUGGACGGCCAUGGCUACAGCCCCCGGGGAGACCAGCGCAGUGGUGGGGUCACUGAGGCCAGCAGCCUCCUGGGGGGCUCACCGCGGCGUCCGUGUGGCCGGAAGGGCUCCCCGUACCACACGGGGCAGCUGCAUCCCGCGGUGCGUGUGGCCGACCUCUUGCAGCACAUCAACCAGAUGAAGACGGCCGAGGGCUAUGGCUUCAAGCAGGAGUAUGAGAGCUUUUUUGAAGGCUGGGAUGCUACAAAGAAGAAAGACAAGGUCAAGGGCGGCCGGCAGGAACCCAUGCCUGCCUAUGAUCGGCACCGAGUGAAACUGCACCCGAUGCUGGGAGACCCUGAUGCCGACUACAUUAAUGCCAACUACAUAGACGGUUACCACAGGUCGAACCACUUUAUAGCCACUCAAGGGCCGAAGCCCGAGAUGGUCUACGACUUCUGGCGCAUGGUGUGGCAGGAGCACUGUUCCAGCAUUGUCAUGAUCACCAAGCUGGUGGAGGUGGGCAGGGUAAGUGGGGCCGUGGGGGACGGGUGUGGCGGGCCAGGGGGCAGUGAAGAGCCCGCUGAGCCUGCCCCGCGGGGACUCCAGGUGAAAUGCUCGCGGUACUGGCCAGAGGACUCGGACAUGUACGGGGACAUCAAGAUCACGCUGGUGAAGACGGAGAUCCUAGCAGAGUAUGUCGUGCGCAGCUUUGCCCUGGAGCGGAGAGGCUACUCUGCCCGCCACGAGGUCCGCCAGUUCCACUUCACAGCGUGGCCGGAGCACGGCGUCCCCUACCACGCCACGGGGCUGCUGGCCUUCAUCCGGCGCGUGAAGGCCUCCACGCCCCCCGAUGCUGGGCCCAUUGUCAUCCACUGCAGCGCGGGCACUGGCCGCACAGGUUGCUACAUCGUUCUGGAUGUGAUGCUGGACAUGGCGGAGUGUGAGGGCGUCGUGGACAUUUACAACUGCGUGAAGACCCUCUGCUCCCGGCGUGUCAACAUGAUCCAGACUGAGGAGCAGUACAUCUUCAUCCAUGAUGCAAUCCUGGAGGCCUGCCUGUGUGGGGAGACCACCAUCCCUGUCAGCGAAUUCAAGGCCACCUACAAGGAGAUGAUCCGCAUUGACCCUCAGAGUAAUUCCUCCCAGCUGCGGGAGGAGUUCCAGACGCUGAACUCGGUCACGCCGCCGCUGGACGUGGAGGAGUGCAGCAUCGCCCUGCUGCCCCGGAACCGGGACAAGAACCGCAGCAUGGACGUCCUGCCGCCUGACCGCUGCCUGCCCUUCCUCAUCUCCACCGACGGGGACCCCAACAACUACAUCAAUGCAGCUCUGACAGAUAGCUACACGCGGAGCGCAGCCUUCAUCGUGACCCUGCACCCGCUGCAGGGCACCACGCCUGACUUCUGGCGGCUGGUCUACGACUACGGGUGCACCUCCAUCGUCAUGCUCAACCAGCUGCACCAGUCCACCUCUGCCUGGCCGUGCCCGCAGUACUGGCCUGAGCCGGGCCGGCAGCAGUAUGGCCUCAUGGAGGUGGAGUUCGUGUCAGGCACAGCGGACGAGGACUUGGUGACCCGCGUUUUCCGGGUGCAGAACAUCUCUCGGCUGCAGGAGGGGCACCUGCUGGUGCGACACUUCCAGUUCCUGCGCUGGUCUGCGUACCGGGACACGCCGGACUCCAAAAAGGCCUUCCUGCACCUGUUGGCCGAGGUGGACAGGUGGCAGGCGGAGAGCGGGGACGGGCGCACCGUCGUACACUGCCUAAAUGGGGGCGGCCGCAGCGGCACCUUCUGCGCCUGCGCCACAGUCCUGGAGAUGAUCCGCUGCCACAACCUGGUAGACGUUUUCUUUGCUGCCAAAAUGCUUAGAAACUACAAACCCAAUAUGGUGGAGACCCUGGAUCAGUACCACUUCUGCUAUGAUGUGGCCCUGGAGUACCUGGAGGGACUGGAGUCAAGAUAGCAGGGGCCCCUGGCCUGGGGCACCCACUGCGCACUCAGGGCCAGGCCACCAUCCCGGACUGACAAGGAAGACCUGCGCCCCCAACUCUGCUCAGCUGUAGCCCUCACAGGGAAAUUACCGGAGUGGGCGCUGGGCCAUCCUGGUGCCCCCUUCCACUGUGGGCAGGGCCUUUCAGCACCUCUGUGGGUACGCUGCAGGCCAAGGAGGAGCUUAGCAAGACUGCAGCCCAGCCCACCUCCGCGGGGUCCUGCAGGCCUGCUGAGAGGCCUGGCGCUGCCCGGCAGAGUGAUGGGCUCAGAACUGCCGGCUCUGGGAGACCCAGGCUCAAGCCCCUGGAUUGUAUCCCAGCCCUUGGCAGAGAUGAGUGAGGCCCUGUAGAGCAAGUGCCAGGCCAGGGUUUCCACCCAGCUUGUCUGGACAUGGGUAGAGAGUGCACUGGGGCUUGGCAUCUAGCAUCCCAUCUGGCUCAGCCCCUGAGGGUCCUGGGGAGACUGGACUCUGCCCUGAUUUGCCAGUGGGCACUUCAGACUCGUCCUCCCAGGGGGAACUUCAGCUCCCUCCUCCACCCGCUGCCUCCCUGCAGCCCGGGGGAUAUUUUGCUCAUGAUCCCCACCCCCCCUCCAUUUCUUCUUCCCUGAAUGUGCUCUGAGCUUCCCCGAACCAGGAUCUGCCCAUCCCUACCCUGUCCCGUGUGGGGUCCCUUCCCUGCUUGACCCAAUGUCUGCAGAAUGAAGUCACCUCAGCCCCCACUGCCUAUAACUUUCAGGCCUCACUGGCUGGGUCCUGCUCAGCCUGGGUCAGUGACAAUGUGCAAGGCUGAAUGACAGCCCCUGGGGUUGAGGUCCCUGUGGCUUCUGGUCAGGCUGACCACUGGGAUGCUAUUAAAUCAGGGGUGCUCAGUACCCCUAGAGUUUGGAGAAAAGGUAUAUUUUGGGAUGGACGAUGUAUGCUUUUUUUGUUUAUUUUUUGAUGGGGGGUGGGAAGUUCUCUUUAAAAUGGGGCAAGCCACACCCCCAUUCCGUGCCUCAAUUUCCCCAUCUGUAAACUGUAGAUAUGACUACUGACCUACCUCGCAGGGGGCUGUGGGGAGGCAUAAGCUGAUGUUUGUAAAGUGCUUUGUAAAUAAACGUGCUCUCUGAAU